AUGAACUGGCUGUUCCCCCUGUCAAAAGGAUCUGGACCGCUGCCUCCUAUAAACAGCUUACAGCAACAAAGACAGCGGCAGAUAGAGUCACUGAAAGCCGCACACCCCAGCCUGGCCGAAAUACAGAAGGAUGUGGAAUACCGAAUACCAUUUACAGUCAACAACUCUACCAUUAAUAUUAACAUUUUGCUGCCUCCCCAGUUCCCUCAAGAAAAGCCAAUGGUUAGCGUCUACCCUCCGAUUGGGCAUCAUUUAGUUGACAGCAAUAAUGGAACUGUGGUCACAAGCUCAUUAAUUACAAAUUUUGGAAUGCAUUCAGAUCUGGGUAAGGUUAUACAAAGUUUGUUGGAUGAACUUUGGAAGAGUCCCCCUGCCUUUAUAUCUUCAGGCUCCAGUGGCUUUCCAUUCAGCAGUAUGUACAAAUCAUCAGGCAUAGCACCGUACCCAGCUCAGGGCUUUCACUAUGGGCCUCGCCACAUUGGUCCAGGCCAGCCUCCUCCUGGAGCUCCUUCACCUGCCCCCAUGUCUUACCACGGCUCUGAAUCUGUACAUGGACCUCCGCGAGCUCCACCUCACAGUGGAUUCAUCCCUGACCUUCCUAUGCCUGUUCCCACAGCAGACAUACAGGUUGGCCUAAAUGGGUACCUGUAUAAAAUGCCAGAUAUUCCUGAGGCUUUUCCUGAACUCUGUGAAAAAAACCUCACCCAGCUGUCAGAGAUGUCAGAAAACGAAGAUGUGCUUCUCGAGUUCUUUGUGUCUUUGCCACAACUCAAACAAGUUGCCAGUGAUAAAGAAGAUCUUGUGACAAGUAUUGUAAGCAUGGCCAAGAAAAACCUUCAAAUUGAGCCCCAGUUGGAGGACAAAAGACAAGAAAUGCUUUGUAAAUAUGAACAGCUCACUCAGAUGAAGUCGGCCUUUGAAUCAAAGAUGCAGAGACAGCAUGAACUAAGUGAGAGUUGCACUUUAUGGAAAAAAGAACUAUUUGCCACAGCAGGAGGGCAAAAGAAGAGAAGUUACAACAAUCCAUUAAUUCACUUGGGCAGUUUCCCUCUGGUCACUGAAAACAAGCCAACAGCUGCCAUCAAACCCUGGAGGACGCAAGGGGCUAUUUUGACAGAAACACAUUUGAGAGCAAGUAGAAUUUUUUUAAUAAUGAAGACACUAUAG